AAAAAGAUUUUUCUUGGAUUGUAUUAUUAAAAAUUUAAUUAAAUUAAAUUAUUAUGUAAUUGUACCCCAAAUUCCAUGCAGAAUUAAAUAGCUGGAUUUCACAAUCUGUGUCUGAUUUUCUCUCCUCCUCUAAUAAUUUAUAGGCCCUGCUCUAAAAAUCCUAAUUUAUACUCAAUUUUACAAUUUUUCCAAUCAGUUUGUAUUUUUGUUUGAAAUUUUUUUUGUUUUCGAACAUGAGUGGUGGUGCUAGGGUUUCGAUUCCGGCCAACCUCCGGAAGACGAUCCAAGACAUUAAAGAGAUCGCCGGCGACCACUCCGACGAGGACAUCCUCGCUGUUCUCAAAGAAUGUAAGAUGGACCCCAAUGAAACCGCCCAGAAGCUCCUCUAUCUUGAUACCUUUCACGAGGUUAAAAGGAAACGUGAUAGAAGGAAACUGAAUACCAACAAUCGAAGUGCUGAAGAAUACAAGUGGACACCAGGCAUGCAGCGGCGAGGAGGUAGGGGUGGAAGAGGAAACUAUUCUUCAGCUUAUGUGUCUGAUGAUGCUGGACGCAGGAAACAAAUGAAUUAUAGACAGGAAAACGGAGUAAGAUAUUCUACAGAGAGAAAUGCCAGGGGUUCCUUGCCUGUUAAUACCCGAUCAGAAAAGAAUGCAGCCCAUCUUGUCAAAAGCGCUUCAGCUUCUGCCACUGGGCCAGCAACAUCUAAUGGAAACUCAAAUCAUGGAUCAUUAACCCAAGUAGCUGCAAAAAGGGCUAGUGAUGCCAGCAUAACCUCUGUAGUUGAUGUAAAUAAGUUUUCAAAAAUGCCUGUGACCCUAAAACAACUCCGAUAUUUAAACCCUGGCCCUACUCCUACUUCUACCCCCACAUUUUCUCCAGGUAGAGUCAAAGAUGAAAAUUCCGAAUCAAUACCUAGUGAUCUGAUUAUUAGCCUGGCUUCAGCAUCUGCAUCAGGUGUCUAUUCCUCUGCAUCAGAUCCUGUAUUAAUGCCAUCUUUGAACCCUCGAAAUCCUGGAGCAGUAGGAACAAUAAAGCGUGAAAUAGGAACUCAGAGGAUAGCAAAUGAAGCCCAAAGUGAGAGCAAUGUGAAUGUUCAAGGUAUCAUGAAAAAUGGCCAUCCUGCAUCUGGAAUUGUAAACUCCACUAACAAAAUAAGGCCUACAGAAUCACAAGAAGUUAGAAAAAGCCGGUUCGCUGAGUCUUCAAAACCUUUACCGUUAAUCCAGGAUGAACCACAAGCUAUUAUAAAUAAUUCUGAAAGUGGCCAUUCUGAACAAGUAUUGGCAUCUAAGGGUGGAACUGUUGCAUCUGAAUCCCCUAUAUCGUCACUUCCUAAAUUAAAUGACAAUGUAUCCACUGAACAGCUUAAUAUGAAGUUAGAGAAACUAAAGAUUUCUGGUCAUCAACCUGUUAUCUUACCUGAUCAUCUUCAAGUACCUGAAGCCUUGAAGACUGGAUUGACUUUUGGUAGUUUGGAAGCUCCGAUGGAGCAGAGCAUGAACUCGAGUAAUGAUAAACCCCCCGCUCCAGUUGUUGAUCAAACUUCCAGGGAACCUUCUAUGAGUCAUCAGGCCCCAUCCUUGACUGCCCAAGAAGUCGCUCAUCCAGAUAAUGCAGAGUCACAUCAGCAUGUAUCUGAAAAUGUACCACCAGUUGAAGACAAUACGUCAUCUGGUGCGGCUAAAACAUUUGACCAGCCAAAGCAGGAGGUACUUCCGCCUUUUGGAGGUUCACAAUUUUCUCUUGUUCAAACUCCGGAUUAUAACUUUGGUCUUGUACCGCAAGUGUUGAACCCACAUCUUGUGCAAUUUGAAGGAUCAGAUAAGCAGGGUGGGAAUUCUCAAGCACAGUCAACAUCGGCCUCAACUCCACCUGUUUCUCAACCCAUGGGCAUUGGACAGAGUCCGGUAGCCGUAUCUCCACAGUUGUUUCCUUUCCUCAGACAGCCAUAUGCUUCUAACUACUUCCCUUAUAACCCUUAUCUCCCUCCCUUUUACAUGCCUCAAAGUGCCCACCAAUUUAUAGGCCCAAGUGGCUUUGCUCAACAACCUUCUACUGCCAACAUAUAUAUGCCUCCUCCAUCAACAGGGGUUAAAUUCCCUGUACCGCCCCUAUACAAGCCUGCGGCUAUUACUGGAAAUUUGGCACACUAUGGGGUUCCGACUGGCUACAGUUCAUAUGGCUCCUCUGUUGGAUAUGGUUCCAGUGAAGCCCCAGCCUCCGGUGGCUCCACUAGUAGUGAAGAACUUGCUGCAGCUCAGAUGAAUGAAAAGAAUAUCUACUCCACACUAAAACAGAAUGAAGAGCCACAUGUUUGGACCUCGGCAACUGGAAGGGAUUUAUCAAUGUUACCUCAGGCCAAUUACUUUUACAACUUACCUCAGGCCCAGCAAAUGGCUUUCCCCCCUGGACAUUCUACACAUGGAUCUUUUCCCGGUAUCUAUCAUCCAUCCCAGUCGGUUGCUACCCCAUCAAACAUUCAAUCAUUACCCCAGCAAACUCAGGCUGUUGGUGGAUCAGUUGAUGCACUUCCUCCUUCCGGUGCUCAUCAGCAAUUGCAACCUCAAAUGAAUUGGAAUUCAACAUUUUUGAAUAGGGAAAAUAUCUGAGGAUAAAAUCCAUCGAGGAUAAGUGUGUGCGUGCAUAUAUGCACCAUACAAAAAAACUAAAAAAAAAAAAAAAACUAAAAUAACAUGCAACCCCGAGCUCUGUAUGACUGUAAAUAUGAAGUAUACUUUUGAAAUGUAGGCAAUUUUGGGUGUUUUGCCCGGAAUUUACACCCUGUCGUGUUUUGAUGCACAGUUUUACCCAUCUGCAGAUGAUAACAAAUAGUCUUCGAUUUCUUCUUUUAUUUUAGCUAAUAGGUGUUUGGAAGUUUGAUAGAGCAGGUGGAAUAAUUUUCUGAUUGUCAUUCUCAUUUUCACCUGUAUAUAUUUGAGAACAAAAUGUGGAUUUAUACUCUGUAAUUUGCACAGCUAUUGUAUAUAUAAUUUCUUUCGAUC